AUGUCGCGACAGCGCCCCGCGCACCUGCCGCGCCGCGUCCCCCCCCGACCCGCCGUGUCCUACCGGGGGUGCAGGGAAAGGGACGUUCGGUUCUCCCUCUCCGGGGGAAGCAGCGCGAUGCCGGCGCUCCCCCAGGUGCGCGGGGGCUCCGCGGCCCGCAACCCCUCCGCGCACACACCGCGCCCGCGCCCCGCGCCCCCCGCCCCGGUCCCGCCGGUAACUUACCUCCGCCACCGGCUCGCCUCCUUCUCCUCCUCCUUCUCCUCCUCCCCGGGGGAAGGUGCCGCCCGCAGCCCCAUCAGCGGGGCGGACACCGCGCUCCCGGCGUGCCGAGACAGGUGCAGCCGGGGCGGGCGGGUCGGGGGGCACCGCCACCUCCCCGACGCCUCCCCGGGCUCCCCCACUGCUUCCCUCCGUCCCUCCCCACGAUGUUGUUUCGUUAUAUCAUGUCCAUCAUGUGACACCCGGAGGCCUCUCUAUGGAAACUUAAAGGGGACUUUCACGUCCGCCGCCGCCGGACCCGCCGAAAGGAAUAACCGGGGAAUAACCGGCCGGGCAGGCACCGUGCGGAAGGAUGGACCCCGCUCCUGGAGGCUGCGAGAUCCGGUGCUUGUCUGCGGCCGCGGCGGGUCUCCGGUGCUGGAAGAGGCAGAAAAACUACAACAAAAAAAUUCCAAAACAACCAAAAGAAAAAUAAAAAUAAUAGAAAUAAGGCGGAAAAACUCCUUGUUUGUGUCGGACUGCGGAGGAGCAGAUGUGAGCGGUUCUGCCCGUGCGGGGCCGAUGCGGUGGUCGCUACCGCCGCGUUUAACUCCGCCAGUCGGUAGCGAAGCGAUUUCACCGUCCCGACCCGUCGCACCGCCGGCUCCCGACAGCCGGCUCUGUGCCGAGCUGCUGGAAGGAGCCGCUCCUAGGGAUGUGCGCUGGCCACUGCAACGCUCCCAGCAAGCAGGCAGCCCUCACGGAAAGGCAAAGGGAAGAUGCCGACAAUUCCCCGAGGUUCGGGCAGCCCCCGGUUCCCCGCGCAUCCCGCUGCCCGGCCGCAGCCGCCGGGGGUGCGGGGCCGGCCGGCGGCAGCGCCGCGUUCCUCCGGCUGCUGUUCCGCCUGCGGUGCUGAAGUGGGUUUUAUUCCCUGCUCUCUACCAGCCCCCUGGAUUUGGGGUCAGGGAGCUGAAGCCCAUCAGCUCCACGGUCCCACCGCCGGGCUGACAACGCGCAGGGGACUCUCGGGGUUUUCCCUCUGGAAGGCUCCUGUGGGAGGCCCCCAAAUUCUGCUCCCAAACUGGUGGCAUCAUGUCAGUGUUGGUGAUGAAGUGCAAGGCUUUAGGGGCUAGAUUGAGAAGGGAGACAUAGAUUUGUUGUUAAAAACUGAAUGAGGAAAAGCAAUCCCGCAUUCACUCCUUCUUUACAGCUUCCAGCAGCUCCUUAGCAGAUGAAAAAAAACCAUGAUCCCCAGAUGCAGUAAAUUUUAAAUUGGGGGUUUAAUUUCUUCAGUGUCCCACCAGGUUUUUUUAAAGGGAGUCAUAUAAACGACUUUUUUUUAACUGCUAGGUUGGUGCUGAUGGCUGUCAGCCACGGGAGGGGACCGGAGCCACCCGGCCACCCAGCACAGGCCCAAUCCUGCAGUGACAGUGGAGCAUCUCCAUCAGCUCUCCCAAUUGUGCCUUGGACUUGGAAUACCUGUUCUCUGCCCCUCUCAUUUCCAAUGCCCAUGCAGUGAGCUGUAUAUCUAACAGAUCAGUGUUUCAGAUAUCUCUAGUAUUAUUUUUUGGUUUUAAUUUUUUUUUGAGUUUUGUAAAAAUUACUAAUGAUUUUAGCUAAAAAAGAGUUAACGAAGUGAGGAGCAGUUAAUCCUCCUAUCCUUAAUUCUUCUCAGAGUCUUCCCUGUGUCCACCCUCCACACUGUUUAUGUUUAUCUCUCCUUGCCAUCCAAUUUUGAGGGAAUUUCCUCUCUGGGCUCCUUUCUGCCUUUUAUCCAGGCUGUCCCACUGCUUGGGAGCCUAACUACAAUUUGCCUUGCUUCCCAUAUCUCUGGGCCUCAUUUCCCCGCCUCACUAAACCUCUUUAUAUUCCAUAUUCCUUUCUUCCGAUCAUGCUUAAAGGAGGAAGAGGCUGGAGCUGGGAUUUAAAGUAGUCUUUUAGGAGUACUGCCAGACCUGAUCUGUUUUACUCUGCUGCUGCUGCUGUGGCUGUUCUGCUGUGUCAUGGGAAGAGUUUCCUCUCCACACCAACCCUUGGAAGCGGCACCUCGGGCAGAGCCGCUCGCUGCAAGCCCCGGCCGUGUUUUACAAAGCCCCGGGUAAGUUUGUCUGGUGCAGGAUUGAGACUGGAAGGGGAAGGCACUGCUGCCUUCCUGGGCUCUGACCUGGAGAGCUGUGCACGAUUUUGGGAGAUUUGCAGGAGGCAGAGUGGCGGCAGCAGCAGUGACAGCGCAUCAUCGCUCAGCUUUAUUUCAUUUUCUCGAGCCAAGAUGCUUUAGGUUACAGCCCAGCAGAAAAGAAAAAUUAAGCAUCUCUGUCAAAAGAGAGCUAUUUCCCAAAUUUGCUUUAAAUUAUUGCAAGAUCUUGCACUAAAAAAGAACAGAGAUUCUGUCUCCUCUUAAAAAAUGUUGUUAGUUAUAAAAUCUUUACGAUCUUGGCUCUCUCCCCCUCCGCCUGUCUCCUUCAAAAACUUGCUUUCAAAAAUGUGAAGUUUAAAGAUGACUCUUCUCUCUCUCCCUGUCCCCUCUCCCAAAUUUAUGUUCCUUGGAAAGGCCUGAAGAAGCCUGAGGCUGUGUAUGAAUAAACACCAGCAUGCACAUACACGUGUGUAUCCAUGCACACACACAGGAUUUAAAGCAUCCCAUUGAAGUCCACAUAUAGGAAAAUCCUUGAUCAUGUGAUAGGCUUUAAUAUCUGCCUUAAAAUUAAUCCCUAACUGAUGGACUCUGUGUGGUGGCAGAUCACAGGAGGCUCAGUAGCUGUGGUUCCUGUGCAGGUUUUAAAAAACUGCCAGAUAAAAUCCCCUGUUUGCUGUUGUAUUAAUUUGUUUGCUCACAGCAGCUACCUGGGAAAUGCUCAUCUAGUGAAACCAAGUAAGAAAACUUUAUAGGGCUCUGAUCUUGUUUUUCCACAGUUAAAAAGAAAGACCUUGUCGUGAGGUCAGGACAUGAUGUUAUUACACAAGGAAAUGGCUGAAGUUGGCUGCAAAGUUCUUCAGGUGCUCUGUUGGAGAUAACACUCCUGAAUUUUAUUGGAGCGUGAGUUUUGAAGCUGGUCCUGCUUAAUUCUCAAAGUUGUCUUUGCUUCUUUUUUAUUCAUUUUUGUUGUUGACACUGAGUUUUCUUGUUUCACUUCUCUUUCCUAUUCAUUUCUCUCUUUAGUUCCCACGUGCUAGAAAGUGCAGUUUCAUUUAGACUCUUGAGAGAAGAGUCUGAUUCCAGAGAGCAAUUUGCAGCAAUAUAUUUUCCUUGCCACUCACACAAAAACAUCACUACUCCAACAGAUAUAGGUAUAAACAAUGCUGACAGGCCCUCAAAACCAAAAUCAGAUUGUGAAAUUGAGGCAAAUAGCCCAAAGAACCCGAAAUGUUCUGGUUUCUGAAAUGCUGUCUGCUGUCAAAAAUGGGGUAAAAUAAAGCUUUGUUUACGUGUAGAGCAGAGUGUUUGUUGAUCGAGUUUCUAAGGUGAUGUAGCAGGAAAUGCUGUUCUUGGGGAAAAUGACAUGAACAAAGCAUGAAACUAUAAUUCAGCAGCUAUUUGUCAACUGAUAGCAGGAGAAAAAAAGCAUAUUUAUAAAGCAGUGAGAGGUUUUCACUGAACUUUUUCUCUCAUUUGCUGGCAUAUAUGAAGGCAGCUUCUCACCUGCUCUGCUCCUGGAUGUAACUACUUGCAAGAGCAGAGCUAAAUCAUUUAUCAGAAGGAAUGUUUCCAUCAGAUCCAAAUAUC